GGCACCUAAAUCUGACACGGGGCGGAAAACAGCCGAGCGGAGCAGGAGAAAAGAGGGGAAAAAACACGACGGAAACAAAACAAAGGCGCCGUUUGGUCCGGCGUUUUCCUCCCGGCGACGCGGAGCGCUGAGCCGGCGCGGCAGCGAGGCCAGGGGGGCAGCAGACAAUGGACGUGUCGGGGGGGCCAGGAACAGCGGAGCUAGUUUUUGUCAGCGAGUGAAAGGCAGCCCUCCCCCGGGCCGAUGGAGAGCCGGGCCUUCUUCCACGGUGUUUUUCCAUGGAUGGAGGAAAAGGCCCCGCUGGCGGGCAGUAGGGACCCCGCUGUCUCCCCGCUGGAUGCUCCCGCGCCUCCAUGUUUCUGAGCUUUUUUUGCACCUAGCCGCCGUACACAAGGCUGUCCGACCGCUCCAUGAGGGGAGCACACCUCCAUCCUCCACCACGCGGCUUCACGGGGGGGGCCGCCGGCCCAAAGGCAUCCGCUCCCGGUUAUGGAACACUACAGACGCGUCCUUUAUUUUUUUUUGUAGUAUGAUUUAUUUCUUGCAUAUUUAUAAUCUACGACGUCCCACGGAAGCACUUGGGAGGAUUCGCCCCUGAACGCAAGACAGAGACAACUUUGACCCAUUCGCGAAAGAUCUAAGCAGCCGCUUCUGUGGGAUUAAAGCGGCCCGUUGGUCCGGACUACCUCUGAACCCCCCCCCCCCCCCCCCCCCCCCCACCUUACCCCCCGGUCACUUAGACAAGGGGCCACCGCUGGUCCCAGCGACCACCGGCUGAGUGCACGUGGCAGCUGUGGCCGCGCUGCACUUUGCCACGGCGCCAUUGGAAGAUGUUCCAGUUCAGCAAGUACCCCAUGGACAUUCUGGAGAUGCUGAGUGGGCACCAGGCCCACCAGUUCAAAGGCCUGGGCCUGGAGCGCCAGCUGAGCCACCAGCAGCAGGUGCAGCUGCAGCACCAGCAGCAGCUGCAGCAGCAGCACCAGCCCUCGGCUGACGGCUCCGGGAGCCUCCUGUCGGGCCUCGGCCUCGGCUCCCUGCAGAGCUCGCGGAGCAACGCCUUCGCCGACUCCUCCUCGCUGUUCGCCAAAAUGAGCGCCCCGCCCCCGUCCAUCUCCCACCAGAGCCAGUCGUCGUCGUCCCACGGCUCCAGGAAGUCCAGCAAGAUGAGCGGCGGCUCGGGGUACCCCCAGUUCCUGCGGCCCUUCCACCCGGCCGAGGCGGCGCUGGCUCAGGAGCAGCUCCACUCGGGGAUGGGCCGGUUCGACUUCGGCGGGAGCAGCGGGGCCGGCGCCGGGGUCAUCGGCGGGGUCGUCACGCCCGCCCCCCAGCCUCCGCCGCUGCACCCGGGUCUCUCCGUGCCCCAGCCCUCCCCGGGCCCUCCGUCUUCCUCGCCCUCACCCUCCGCCUCCUCCGCCUCCAACAACCCCCCCGGCGGCACCGCGGUCCCCCUGGUCGGCCAGUCGGACCCCCGCAGCCUCCACCAGCAGUUCAGCUGCAUGCUCGCCGCCAACCAGUACUUCCUGUCCGGCGUGCCCACCAACAGCAGCCUCGAGCAGUUCCUGGUUCAGCAGGGCACUCACAACCACCUGGGCCUGGGCCUGGGCCAAGGCUCCGAGUCCAACUCCGCCCUGGCCCCCCCCCCCGCCCUCCACUCCUCGCACAGCCACGGCCACGCGCCGCCGCCGCCGCCUCAGCAGCAGCAACAGCAGCUCACCCCCCACGCCUUGUCUCACCCGCACAGCCACGCCCACCACCCCCACCCGCUCCACCCGGCCCCCCAGCCCGCCCCGCUGGGCGGCUUUGAUUUCCAAGGCAUCCCGGUCCUCUCCUCCAACCAGAUCGCGUCGCUGAUGCAGCAGGAGGCCGGCCUUCCCCUCCCGCUGCCCCUGCACCUGUCCCUCUCCAAAGACGACGCCAAGACGGGCGACAGCUCGUCGUCGUCCGCCUCCAGCGGGGGGAGCCGCAGGAAGAAGGCGAUGGCGGGCUACCUGCCGCAGAGGAAGUCCGAGAGCGGCAGCCAGAGCCUCGGCCACGGCAGCGGCAGCGUGAGCAACUGCCACAACAGCAGCUCGAGUGGGCACAGCCAGGGCCCCCCGUCGGGCCUCGUGGGGGGGGCGUCCGGGGGCGUCGGCAUGAGUGGCAUCGGGAGCGAGCCGCCGCACGCCUCCCUCCUCUCCUCGUCCUCCCAGCAGUCGCCCUCCGCCGUGUCCUCCUCUUCGUCCGCCGCUCCCUCCUCCAACUCCACCUCGGUGCUCGUAGCCAACGGCAACCAACAGCUGUCCAAGUCCCAGGACAGCGGUUCGUCGGGCCAGGCGGAACCAGAACCCCUGUACCACUGCGGAGAGUGCGGCAAGACCUUCACCCACCUCUCCAGCCUUCGACGGCAUCUCCGCAGCCACGGCCUGACGCCGGAGAGCCAGAGCAGGAAGUCUGACUGUAACUCCCCGAGCCCCGAGAGGAUCUUCUGCUGCGGCGAGUGCGGGAAGAGGUUUAAAAAGCGGGGUCACCUCAUCCAGCACAGCGUCACGCACUCUGAAAACCGGCCUUUCGUCUGCAACAUCUGCCAAAAGUCCUUCAACCGCCGCGAGUCGCUCACCCGACACGAGAAGAUCCACGACGAGAAGCCUUUCCGCUGCCCGGCGUGCGGCCGCUGCUUCCGCGAGAGCACCUCCCUCCUCAACCACGCCGCCUCGGGCGCCUGCGGAAAACCCCCCCGCAGCGCCAAGAACCGACCCAACAGCGGGGGGAGCGCCUCCUCCAACCCGAGCGGCGGCGGCAGCAAAAUGGGAAGCGCCGCCGGGGGCGGAGUGGGGAACCCAAACGAUGGGGCAGCAAUGACCAAUGACAAGUACGCCGCGGAUUAUUCCAGAAACCGCUACCAGAGCCAGUCGUACAGCAGCGGGGGGGUGGGGGACUACAGGCGGACCCCGUCCCUGUACUCUGAGAGUCCGCUGGCUGGUGACAUGAGCAGCCAAACCCUGCGUAAGGCCCCGUUAGCUCCAACGCUGCUCCCCCACCCGCAACAACAACCACAGCCACAGCAGCAGCACCACCACCAUCACCCCCACCACCACCACCCACCGCCACCCACGCAGCCGCACCUCCCCCUCUCCUCCCUGCUGGAUGACUCGGAGGACGAGGUCACCAGCAGCGCCAUGUCGGCCAUCGCCGCCGCCGCCGCCGCCUCCUGUGACAUCAGCACAGAGGGCCGGGAGGGGGAGAGGCGGGACAUCAUCGGGGGCCUGCUGGGGGGGUUGGGGUUUGGUAACAUGGGCGGCCCGUCGUCCGCGUCGAGCCUCAACGGGUCCACCGUGCCGCUGACCCACCCCAGCCAGCCCCACGCGAAGCCCCGCCGGCCCCGGAAGCCCCGGGAGAAGAGGGACCCCAACAGCCUGGUCCGCAGGCGGAGGAGCCCGGCGCCGCCCGGCGACGGGACCGAGCGGCCCUACAGCUGCCAGAUCUGCUGCAAGCGCUUCAGGCGGGCCGAGACCCUGCGGCGCCACAACCGCGUGCACACGGGGGAGAAGCCGCACGCCUGCGACGUGUGCGGCAAGAUGUUCCGCGAGCCUUUCCACCUCACGAAGCACCUGACGGUGCACUCGGGCCAGAAGAACUACAAGUGCAACCUGUGCGGGAAGAUGUUCGCCUACGCGCAGAGCCUCGUGAGGCACGGCAAGCUGCACAGGAAGGGAGAGAUCGACAGCCAGGGCCGGAGGGUCAAAGGGGCCGCCGCCGCCGCAGCCGCCGCCGCCAUCAGUCAGGUGGCCACCGCCGGAAACCCCGACUACUUCUCCGCCUGCUCCCAGGGGGAGAAGUCCCCGACCUCGGGCACGCCGUCCCAGAGGCUUUACACCUGCACCGUCUGCUGGAAAUCAUUCCGCCACUACUUCCACCUCACGGCGCACCAGCAGACGGUGCACGGCGGCGGCGUGGGGCUGGAGAAGUCCUUCCGCUGCGACGUGUGCGGCAAAGCCUUCGCCUACUCCAACAGCUUGGUGCGCCACAAGCUGUCCCAGCACGGCAUCGACCGCGGCGGCCAGCGCGUCAACCAGACCCCCCCCACGGGGUACUCGCCGCUCUUCUAUGAGUCGGGGUCGGCCUCGAGCUACGCCGCCUCGUCUCACAUGCAGCAAGGGAACUCUGGGCAGCAGCAGCAACAGCAGCAGCCACCACAAGCGCCGCCGCCACCGCCCCCCCCGCCGCCGCACCCACAUCAGCAGCUGCAGCACCCUUUUCACUACCGCUCCAAAAACUACCAAAAGCGUCAUGGACAAACAAGAAAGCAAAGGAAAAAAAAAAGGCGCGUGCUGAUCCACAGCAUCAUGAGGGACGGGAAGCUGGUGGGGGUCCCGCUCAGUAAAGACACCCGCAAGAAGCUGCUGGCGCUGCGGAGGAGGCGGGGCCGGCUGCAGGCGCAGCUCAACAAGAAGAAGGUCCUGGCCCAGCUGAGGGCGAAGGGCGGCCUGCUGAAGGUGAAGUGGUGGAGCGGCGGCGCCGUCCGGGUCACGGGCCUCACCUCCAUGGAGGUCCCCAUCAAGCGCUUCCCCUGCCCCAUCUGCCCCAGCGCCACCUACGCCAAGCAGGGCUCCCUGCUGAUCCACCACGCCGUCCGCCACCCGCCCCGCAACUGGGGCCGCCACGCCCGCCUGCGCUGCCAGGUGUGCGGCCGGCGCACCGGCUCGCUGCACAAGGCCUUGAAGCACCGGGCCCAGCAUCUGAAACAGGCGGCGUUCCAGUGCCGCCGGUGUCGACACCGGUUCUGGAACGCCGGGCUCCUGGACCGCCACAAGUUCUGCUGCCGGGGCGCGACCGGCGCGGCGAGCUGGGCCCCGACGGCGACGAAGAGGAGGAAGCUGCCGCUGCCACGCGAGCAGUCAGAGAGUGACAAUGCGCCGGUCCUGAUGGCAGGCCCGGUUCUGGUGCAGCCGGAGAGAUCGACAGUUCUGACUGAGUUCAUUCAGUAGAAACAACAUUUAAAAAGUUUUCUAGACUAGAUUGUUUCUGAUGUUUUUUUAGAACUUUUUUUUUAAUAAUCCAGGAAGAGAAAUAGCAAGUUUUUAACAGAAUGAGACGGAGCAGGGUUUAGCGUAACCAUGGAAACGACUCCACGCACCCCCCCAAAUAAGUUUGAGCCCGAAACCAGAACCACUUUCUCCCCGAGGGGGAGGAGCUUUAGACCACAUGACCAUUUCAGUAGCAAACGCAUUAAUCCAGUUCCUUUAGUCCUUUAUUUUCCCGUUAGCAGUGUUUUUGCUUACAUGGGAGGGAGGUACCUUUGUUUUUUUUUUGUACCAGUGUAUUUUUCCAACUUGUCUCCCAUUAUUCACAGUUCUGUGUGUUUACGUUGUCUCACCGAGAGGACGUCCGUCCUCAGGGGACAACGAGAAGUCCUCGUCUAAUCUGUCACGGUCGCCUCCUUUUUAAAUGUACACUACUUUUAGUCCUUUUCAGGGCGGAGAGGACGGAGAGAAACACGCGACUCGAGCUGUUAACGAUUUAAAAAGGACGACUGAAAAAACAAAACAACGGAGUGUAUUAUAUUUUAUUAUAUAUAUUGAUUCUUUGCUGUUCUUUACUCCAAGUAUCAUUUCUCCUAUCUUGGUUGGUAUCGUGGGUGGGGAUGAGUAAAUGUAUCGAUGUGACAUUGUCCCCUUUUAUCUGCUCCCUCGUUGCCACAUUUAUGCCCAAGUUUUGUAACAAAAGCGUGUACACAUAGUUUAUUAUUUAGGUCCUGUCCAGACGUCUUUUCUUUUCUCUGUAAAACUAAAACAUGUAAUAUUAUUACUAAAAUAGUAUCCUUUUCUUUGCCUAAAAGUGAGUUGUUGAAAACCCUCAAAUAAAAAGAUAAAUAAAGUCUGA